CUGACGGACGUUCUCUUUCCUCUUUUACUUCCGCAUUUUAUCCUUCUAAGCAAAUUUCCAAUGUUAUCCAUAAGAUUAGUGACGUUAUCGUUAUCUUUUUGAGAACUGAAGAACGUCAAGUGUCAAGUCGAAAUUUGUCUUGCCGAGUUUUCGAUCAAGCGGACGCUGCAACGCAGCUGUCAAUGCCUGAAUAAAAACGAAAGAAACGUAUUGGACUUUAAUAACUUAAUAAUAUAAAAAAGCUUCCAUUAUAUCGCAUUGUUGUAGGUAUGUAGAUAUUGGUAAUUUUACCUUUACCCACGUUUUUUUUAGGAAUAUGAAAUGGAUACGUUUACAAUUCUAGGUGAAUGUGUAAACUGGUAAAAUAUGGCUAGAGGACAACAGAAACUUCAGUCUCAAGCCAAAGCUGCAGAAAGGGCUGCAAAAGCAAAAAAACAGCAAGGACACAGUGCCACAGACCAAAAAAAAGCUGCCCAAAAAGCCUUAGUUCACGUGUGUGCUGUUUGUAAGGCUCAAAUGCCAGAUCCAAAGACCUACAAACAGCAUUUUGAAAAUAAACAUCCCAAAAAUGAAGUGCCUGCAGAAUUAAAAGAUGUUUAAAUUUCAUGCAAUGCACUAAUCACCAACUGUGUUCCAUCCAUGAGUUGGACACUUCUUUUAUAUUAUGUUAAUUCUUUUCUUUCUGGUGUUCUGUCUGUAUAAUUAAUAAUGGGUAUUUGAAUUAUUUACUAUUUGUAUUUCAAUAACAUUCACUGUUAACUUUUCAAUAAGUGUUUAUUGUAUUUGUUAAUUUUUAUUAGUAAGAAUGUAAGAGUAAAUUCUUAAAAUAACAAGCAAUACAAAUAUCGUGUUUUAUUUGUCUUGUUUCUAAAUUAAUGUAGUUAUACAAACAGCAAUACCGUCUGGAAAUAUAGACAUUUUUGUUAAUCUGUGUUAAAUUUUUAUAAUCCUACAAAAUUGUAAACGGGUUAACGUUUUAAAGAAAUAAUAUCAAUUUGUGUUAACUGUUAACGUUUGCACGAGUUUGUUUAUUGUUUAAUAAAUUAAGUAGAAAGAUUA